AUGGAUCAAAAUAAUGCAAGUCUAAAACACAAUUCAUUGGGAGUUGAAGGACAGCUAAUCCAUCCUGCUUUAAUAAAUGAUGGAUUUAGUGUGAAUCCUUCUAGAUCUCCCGGUAUAGAUCUCACCACUAGUUUCAUUAAGUUACCCUAUCCUGAUUUCCCAUCUAAAUGUACUGUUAUUGGCUCUGUUAACGGUUUAAUAUGUUUUUCUCGCCGAUUUUCAUCAUGGCAAAAUGAUUAUGUCAUUCAUAUUUGGAAUCCGUCUCUAUCGGCUCUAAUGACUCUCCCGCCAUAUACUUCACGCACCCCGCCACCACAUUUUGAGACCUGGUCGCAAGUUGAUAUCUUUUUCCGGUUUGGGUUUGAUCCUAAAUCUGAUGAUCACAAACUUGUUUUGUUUACGACCUGUUUCAAUCUACAUAUCAACAGACCAUACUUUCCAGAUUACCUCCAAGUAGAGGUGUAUAGUACCAAAAAAGGUUCGUGGAAUUUAAUCACUCAAAAGUUUUCGUUGGAUGUUGAAGUGCUUGAUCAUAAAGAUGCAGAUUGUAUGGAUGGGUAUGCUGGCUAUCUUCACUGGCUUUGUGACGUGACUCCUCCUAUAGGCGUUUCCUUACCUUGGGGAUUACGCUAUGAAACGAUAGUGGCAUUUGAUUUGAGUUUGGAGACGUUCAGUGAGAUACCUCUUCCAGAUGCUAUGAUUGAUUGUUAUGAGAGUAAGAAUAUUACCUUAGGGGUUUUGGCUGGAAAGCUUUGUGUAAUGGCAUUAAGUUUAGUUAACGAGGCACUUGAGGUGUGGGUAAUGGAUGAGCUAUAA